AACUGUCAGUAACAGUAAUGGCAAGUAACAGAAAUCAAGUGUUUGUGUUAUCUGUUCGCUGAUAAAAGAAUUAAAAUACGUCACUUCUGUCUUAUGUGUACAAGAAGUACAUUUUAUAAAAACAGUAUUUAUUUGUUGGAAGAAUUUCAUGUAAAUUACAUCGUAGAAAACUGAAUGAAGAUACGCAAGUAAAAUGAGUGUGACAUUAGCUGCCCAAAUUGAAUUUAAAAAAUUAUGCAAUGUCUUGGAAGAAAUUAAGAAGGCACGUGCUGCUAAGAAAGUUGAGAUUUUAGAGAAGUUCAUUCAGCAGUGUCGUAAUGCUAGCGACAAGUUAAAAACGGGAUGUCCAGAUACGGACGUUUCACUGUUCCCUAUAAUGAGACUGAUUUUGCCACAUCUAGAACGAGAACGUGGACCGCACAAUUUAAAAGAGAAAUCCCUUGCUAAUCUUUAUGUUCGCGUAUUUUGCUUGGGUAAAAAUAGCAAGGACGCAAAUUAUCUUAUACAAUAUAAAUCUCCAACAACAAAAAAGAUUUCAGGAACUGAUUUUGCAGAAAAAGCUUAUCAAAUUCUACGAAGUCGGUUACCACGCGAUAGUUCUGGUAUCACGAUAGAACGAAUCAAUCUGUUCCUUAAUGAUAUAUCAUCAAGAAACGAGAUUACUCAACCAAAAGAUGAAACGUUUAAAGUUUUAUUAGGAAAAACAACUGCAUUGGAAUUUAAAUGGAUAACGCGAAUAAUUCUUAAAGAUUUGAAACUUAAUAUUGGAACAAAGAAAAUACUACAAGUUUUUCAUCGAGAUGCAAAUGCACUGUUUAACGUGUCAUCAAAUUUACGUCAGGUCUGCGAUGCAUUGUGUGAUCCCCAAUUGAGAUACAAUUAUAAUAUACAAGUUUUCUCUCAUUUCAAACCAAUGUUACUAGAGAGAUAUAGGAUUGAAGAUACGGAGAAACUUUUCAGGAAUAGUGAACGCUACUUUGUACAAACUAAGUAUGAUGGUGAACGAUCUCAAAUGCAUAUGAAAGAUGGCAAAUAUAAAUAUUUCACGAGACAAGGGUAUGACAUUACAAAUUAUCCUAGUUAUGGAGAGACUAGUUCAUCAGGUUUUAUGAGUAGUGUAUUUAGACGACUUUUAAAUCCACAAUGUAAAUCAAUAAUUCUGGAUGGGGAAUUAAUGGGAUGGCAUAAAGAAAAGAAAUUGUUAGGUUCAAAAGGAAUGAAUUUUGAUGUUAAAAAACUUUCGAAAACUAGUUAUCAUCAACCAUGUUUUAUUGCAUUUGAUAUUAUUAUGUACAAUGAUGUUUUACUUAAUAAUGAACCUUAUGAAGAAAGACUGAGAAUUUUAAAAGAUGCAUACAAGGAAGAAGAGGGCAGUCUACAAUUGUGUAAAUCAGUUAUGAUUUCCACGAGUGAAGAAUUACGCACAGUAUUCAAUGAAAGUAUACAAAAUAAGGAAGAGGGAAUUGUAAUUAAAAAGUGUGAUACAAAGUAUAAACCAAAUAUGCGAGAUGGCACUGGUUGUUACAAAAUAAAAGCUGAGUAUUCUGAUGAUCUGGUGGAAGAUAUAGAUUUGAUUAUUCUUGGUGGUUACUAUGGGGAAGGCAAAUUUAUGGGUUUAAUGAAAAGUUUUCUGAUGGCAGUAGCUUCCCCGCCAAGUACUCCAGAGGAAAAUCCAUCAAAAUUUUUAUCAGUUGUAUCAGUCAGUAAUGGCAUUUCUAAGGAAACCUUGAAUGAACUUUGGAAAAGAUUCGAAGAUAAAUGGCAAAAUGAGUGUCCUGCAAAUGUGACUCCUCCUAAAGUAGACCCACCAAAUAAGUGGAUUCGUCCUGAAGAUUCCAUUAUUUUGACAAUACGAGCAACAGAAAUGACACAAAGUAACGAUUAUCCUACAGGUUAUAGUUUGCGAUUCCCAAGAGUCAUGAAUGUUAGAACUGAAAAACCAUGGUAUAGCGUUUGUACCACUACGGAACUGUUAUCGCUAGUCAAAGACUCAAGGCCGAUUCAAAAACUGACAAAACGAGAAGUAGAUCGGAAUGAUAUAGGAGAAGCUCCCGAAAUUAAAGUACGUAAGACGAAACAAACCUUAACAAAAUGUGAAGAGAAAUCACCAAGGCCUAACAUUAUGGAUAACAAGCCGCUGGUUCAUCUCACACGACUUUUCGACGGUAAAGAAAUUUGCGUGAUAAAUGGAGACGAUGAGUUAUCGAAAGAACACAUUGAAGAAAUUCUUCUGCAGCAUAGUGCGAAAGUUGUUCAAAAUCCUUUAAAGGAGAAUUAUUGCAUUAUUGUUGGUAACGUUAAAACGGUAAAAGCAAAAAGUAUUAUAGAAAGUAAAAAGUACGACGUAGUAUCUUUAGAUUGGUUCAAACGGGUUACCAAAGAAGAAAAUUGGUCGUCCUUACAAGACUUUUUACCAUGGGACUUAAUAUGCAGUCGUGAAUCAACGGAACGUCGAUUAGCACAAUAUUACGAUGAGUAUUACGACAAUUUUACCGCGGAUGCAGACGAAGAGAGUUUGCCACGCUCAUUCAAAAAAGCUGAAGAAACGUCAAAUGCUAUGGAGUUUGACCAUUCACAAAUGAAAGAGAUAGAUAAAGAAUUGUUUGACAGUGGAGUAUCACCUUAUUCUAUAUUUCGAGGCAUGGUGGGAUAUUUUGAUAAUCAGUCAGAUUGGUCGAAAUUCCAAUUUCGUUUUAUGGCAGGAACAAUUAAAGAUGCUAUCGACGACUCUGUAACGCAUGUGUUUGUCGAUGGAGAUUUCAUUAGUUCCGAAAUUAAAAAUACAAUUAAUAAUGAACAACACGAGUCAGUAAUAAUUAUUAAAAGUAAAUGGAUUGGUGAGUGUUUCAGACAAGGUCAACUUACUUCGAACGAAGAAUAUCUUAUUAAUAUUUAAAAUUAAGUCAGCGAUGGACUUCCAUUGUAAAGUGCAAUACAAUUUACGUACGUACACGUAUCUUCAGUGGUUCUUAACGAUAUACAUGUUAUUUUCUGUAAUAUGAACAAAUUUUUUUAAAACUCAUUUUCACUAUAAAUUUAAAAAAACUAUUACAGGUACAGGUAUAUACAUUACGUAUAUGUGUUAAUGAACAAAUUUGUUUAUAAAUAAAUUUACGAAUCAAAGUA